UGUUUAUUCGUAUCUCACUGCCAAUUUGCUCCAAAAACAUUGAAUCUGUAUCAUAAUCUUGUGGGUUUAUGUUUCAUGGUUCUUGAAAUCUUGAUUCUUUGCCCAAAGCUAAAGUUUUCUGGUUCAAAUCCAUGGCUGCAGCUGCAGCUGCUUCUGUUCAUCUUCAUCCAUGGCUGAUUAAGUUCAAUUGACUCGAUUUUCGAAAAGGGUUUUCUUUUCCCUUCAAAGAAACUGGAGAUUUGUAAACGAUGAAACCAAGUUUAUUGGUUUUUGGUAUGUGGGUGAUGAUGAUGGUGGUGGUGGCUAUGGCGGUCAAGGGUAAAACUGGAGAUACAACAGUUGAUUCAUCAUCGUCGUCUUGGAGAAUUCCUAGGGUUGUCAAUAUUGGAGCUUUAUUCACUGUGGAUUCGGUUAUUGGGCGGUCUGUGAAACCUGCUAUUGAAGCUGCCAUUGAUGACGUCAAUUCUAAUCCAACUGUUCUUGCUGGAACUCGACUCAACCUUAUUUUGCAUGAUACCAAUUGCAGUGGGUUUCUUGGCACAGUUGAAGCUUUGCAGCUGAUGGCGAACGAUGUGGUGGCCGCAAUCGGGCCGCAAUCCUCCGGCAUCGCGCACAUAAUUUCCCACGUCGUAAACGAACUUCACGUACCGCUCCUUUCGUUUGGUGCAACAGAUCCCACACUUUCAGCUCUUCAAUUCCCUUUCUUUGUUCGUACCUCACAAAACGACUACUUCCAAAUGUCGGCCGUAGCCGAUUUGGUCGCAUAUUUCGAUUGGCAAGAAGUCAUCGCCAUAUUCGUAGACGACGAUUAUGGCAGAAACGGGAUCACAGCUUUGGGCGAUGCCCUUUCCAAGAAACGAGCCAAGAUUUCAUAUAAAGCUUCAUUUGCCCCAGGUGCAACUCAAACUGACAUUACUGAACUACUAGUCAGAGUCAAUUUGAUGGAAUCUCGAGUUUACGUCGUUCACGUAAAUCCCGAUUCAGGUCUCGAGAUUUUCACGGCGGCAAAGAAGCUUGGAAUGAUGACAAAUGGUUAUGUUUGGAUUACGACAGAUUGGCUUCCGGCGGUUUUGGAUUCGUCGGAGUUUCUGGAUCCGGAAACAACGGAGCAAGUACAAGGUGUGGUGUCGCUCCGGCAACAUACGUCGAAUUCCGAUGCCAAGAAAUCUUUUACAACGAAAUGGAAGGGUAUUAAAGAUAAAGAGACAUCUAGUUUUAAUUCAUAUGCUCUUUAUGCUUAUGAUUCUGUAUGGUUACUUGCACAUUCUCUUGACAAAUUCUUGAAAUCAGGAAAACGGAUAACGUUUUCAUAUGAUUCUAAGCUUCGAGACACUAAUAGAAGCGAUCUUCGGUUAUCGGCUCUUCGGAUUUUUAACGAAGGAGAGCAGCUUCUCGAAACGGUUCUAGCCACGUCGUUCGUGGGUUUGACCGGUGAGGUGAAGUUUGACCCGGACAAGAACUUGAUUCAUCCGGCCUAUGAUGUUGUGAACAUAGGUGGGGCCGGUUUACGGACCAUCGGGUUCUGGUCGAACCAUUCUGGGCUCUCGGUUGCUUCUCCUGAAUCGUUAUACACAAAGGCUUCAAACCAUUCUGCUGGUAAUCAACAUCUUUAUAGUAUUAUUUGGCCCGGUGAAACGAGUACAAAGCCUCGAGGAUGGGUUUUUCCGAACAACGGUAAGCCGUUGAGAGUUGCGGUGCCGUAUAGGUAUAGUUAUAAAGAAGUUGUGACGAAAGAUAAGUCUCCGCAAGGGGUAAGAGGAUAUUGCAUCGAGGUUUUUGAAGCUGCCGUGAGUUUACUUCCGUACCCGGUCCCUCGAAAGUACGUAUUAUUCGGCGAUGGUCAAAGAAACCCGAGCUACAACGAUCUUGUGAACGCGGUUGCAGAACAUAAGUAUGAUGCAGCAGUUGGAGAUGUUACUAUCAUUACAAACCGAACGAGGAUCGUUGACUUUACGCAGCCGUACAUGGAAUCCGGGCUCGUAAUAGUUGUUGCCGCCAAAGAACUGAAACCGAAACCAUGGGCAUUUCUCAAGCCGUUCACCGUCGAGAUGUGGGUGGUCACCGGUGGAUUCUUUCUUUUCGUUGGAUUCGUCGUUUGGAUUCUCGAGCAUCGGUUGAACCACGAGUUCCGUGGACCACCAAGGCAACAAAUCAUCACAAUCGUCUGGUUUAGCUUUUCAACGAUGUUUUUUUCGCACAGAGAGAACACCGUGAGCACGUUGGGACGGUUUGUUCUCAUUUUGUGGCUGUUUGUAGUGUUGAUUAUUAAUUCGAGCUACACAGCCAGUUUGACAUCGAUCCUCACGGUACAACAACUGUCUUCGCAUAUUGAAGGGAUCGAUAGUUUGAUCUCAAGUAACGACCCGAUUGGAGUUCAAGAUGGAACUUUUGCGUAUAAUUAUUUGAUUCGAGAGCUCAAUAUCGCAGAGUCUAGAAUCAAACCAUUGAAAGGUGAGGAAGAGUAUGAAAACGCACUCCAGUUAGGUCCUAAAGGCGGCGGCGUGGCGGCCAUUGUUGACGAGCUUCCGUAUGUCGAGCUCUUCAUGCGUUACACCAAGUGCAAGUUCAAGAUUGUUGGCCAAGAGUUCACCAAAAGCGGUUGGGGUUUCGCAUUCCAAAGAGACUCUCCUCUAGCACUCGACCUCUCGACAGCCAUUCUCCAACUCUCGGAAAAUGGAGAUCUGCAACAAAUCCACGACAAAUGGUUGUCUUCUGCCUCGUGCUCGACUCAAAACAACGAUGACGUAGAAAACAGCCUCUCCCUCAACAACUUCUGGGGCCUAUUCCUCAUUUGCGGCGUCACGUGCUUCAUUUCGCUCGGCAUUUUCUUCUGCCGGAUGUUGUGUCAGUACCGUCGGUUUAAUCCCGAUGAAGAAGAAGCUGGUCACGAGAUCGUGGAGCCGGACUCCGCGAGUCGCAGCGAUCGACGAUCAUCACGCGCCAUUAAUUUCAAGGAUUUGAUGGAUUUCUAUGAUAAGAAAGAGGCAGAAAUCAAGGAAAUGCUUAGGCGAAAUGGGCGUCAAGCUAGCAGGGACUCAUAUGACCAUACUGAUUCACCUUCCUAAAAAUGGAAAGUUUCCUUUUCUCUUCUUUUAAAUUAUACAAGGUUUAUAUAGGC